CCUCUUCCUCGCUUGUUUUCCACGUAGGUGGGUGGCGGACGUGGGCGGUGAGCUCCGGAGUCCGCUGCUUCGAGCGGCGGCCGGCGAGAUAUCGCGCCGCGGGACCCGAGCCCUUUCAUCGGUGGCGCGCAGGUCGGUGUGCGGCGGCCGAAAGCGCGGAGAAACCGAAAGGCGGACGCGCCGCUCCCCGCCGCUUUGCUCCGGCCGCGGGAAGCUGCACCUCGCCCGUAGACUGAGCUGAACUUUCUUAGUGCAGCAAGCAUUUGUUGGAGGAGUAACUCCCAAGGAAUUAAAGAUGAGUAAGAGCAAAGACGAUGCGCCUCAUGAACUAGAGAGCCAGUUUAUCCUACGAUUGCCCCCAGAAUAUGCCUCAACUGUGAGGAGGACGGUGCAGUCUGGACACGUCAACCUGAAGGACAGACUGACCAUUGAGUUACACCCUGACGGGCGUCAUGGAAUUGUCAGGGUGGAUCGAGUGCCUUUGGCCGCAAAAUUGGUAGAUUUGCCUUGUGUUAUGGAAAGCUUGAAAACCAUUGACAAAAAAACCUUUUACAAGACAGCAGAUAUCUGUCAGAUGCUGGUAUCCACAGUAGAUGGUGACCUAUACCCUCCUGUGGAGGAGCCAGUUGCCACCGCUGAUCCCAAAGCAAGCAAGAAAAAAGAUAAGGACAAAGAGAAAAAGUUUGUUUGGAACCAUGGGAUCACCCUGCCCCUGAAAAAUGUCAGGAAGAGAAGGUUCCGGAAGACAGCAAAGAAGAAGUACAUUGAGUCUCCCGAUGUGGAAAAAGAAGUGAAGCGGUUGCUGAGUACCGACGCUGAAGCUGUCAGCACUCGUUGGGAGAUAAUUGCUGAAGAUGAGACAAAGGAGACCGAAAAUCAAGGCCUCGAUAUCUCCUCUCCAGGAAUGUCUGGCCACAGGCAGGGCCAUGACUCACUGGAACACGAUGAGCUUCGAGAGAUAUUCAAUGACCUCAGCAGCAGCAGUGAAGAUGAGGAAGAUGUCAACAUCAUUGACACCGAGGAAGAUCUGGAGAGGCAGCUGCAAGACAAGCUCAAUGAGUCAGAUGAACAGCACCAAGAAAAUGAAGGAACCAACCAGUUGGUUAUGGGAAUUCAGAAACAGAUUGAUAACAUGAAAGGCAAGCUCCAGGAGACCCAAGACAGGGCAAAGCGCCAGGAGGAUCUCAUCAUGAAAGUAGAAAACUUGGCUCUCAAGAACAGGUUUCAAGCUGUUCUGGAUGAACUCAAACAAAAAGAAGACAGGGAGAAAGAGCAGCUUAGUUCUUUGCAGGAAGAACUAGAAUCACUCCUAGAGAAGUGAGAAUGUUGAUUUCCGUUCUUCGACUGGUCAGCUUGAGGAAAUUUUUAUUUUCAUAAUACCAUCUCAGAAUUAUUCUCUAUAAUGUCAGGACUUUUGUUGAAUUUCAUUGGUAGUUUUCGGAACUGUUGCCAAGGUUUUCAUUCUUUAGGAAGUAGGGUUACAUAGGCAGGUGUAGGGAAGUUGUAGGAUUAGUGAACAGUUGAACUUUAAUCGUUCACCGAAGGACUUUAUUACAUUUGUCUCUUCAGAAGUUUUUAUUCCUGUUCUGUGGUGCUUAGAUCAGUAAGAAGCUAGCUAUGGGCAGUGAAGUUAA